GGAAAUAAAAGAUGAGUUUUCAGAUUUCUCCGGUGUAGUGUGGACGGGGUUUCAAUUAAAUAAUUAAAAGGUAUUCGCCCAGGUCUUAACAAAGUCAUUAUUAGAAUAUUUGAGAAAAUUGCUGUAACUCUAUUGCCUCCACAAUGAUUAAAAAACAUCGACCAAUAUUACGGCAAGAUUCGAGUUAACAAUAUUUCCAUUUUAAAACUCUCAAUUAACAAAGUUGGCAGUGAAAAUAUUGAGGAAAUUUCAGUAACUUUAACAGUUCCGCAAUGAUUAAAAAACAUCGACCAGUAUUAUGGUAAGAUUGGAAUUGGCAAUCUUUCCACUAAACACUCAAUUAAACAAAGGUAUUCACCCAGGUUUUAUACUAUUUGGGCUUAACAAAAUUGUUAAUAAGAAUAUUUAAGAAAAAUACACUAACUUCAGUGGCUCCACAAUGAUUAGAAAACAUUGACGAAUAUCAGAGUAAGAUUCGAAUCAAUAAUUUUUUCAUAAACUCUGCAAUUAAACUCCCCCUCUGAACUUGAAAGCAUUCCCUCUUUCAAUAUUGGCUUCUCUAUUCUGUUCUUCCACAUCUUCCGUAUUGGUGGCCAUAUAUCCUAUCUAUACAAAGAAUGGGUUUGUUUUGAGAGAAACACGAAGUGUUUCUUUGGUUUAGAGUAAACUUUAAUCCAAUAAAAAUUAGCGCCUCAACACAAAAAAGCGUCCUGCCUCCAAUAAAGUAGCUGCCUUUCUUUGUGUUAAUAAAAAAUUAAUAAACUUUUUAGACGCUAAAUCGAUUAAGCCAUGCCAGAUUGGUCUCCUGGGAGAGACAAAAUAUUAUAACCAUUACACGCCUUAGGGCUUUCUCCCCAACUGGCGCCAGAAGGUUUAAAACACACAACAGAGUUCCGCAAAAAUGUGGCAAACUGCCCUGCAAUACGCACUUAACUCAACUUAAAAUCAAAAUGUUUACUGUACAUGAAAGCCAACGGAAAGAAAUUUAAAACGAGUGCCAGCAACAAGAUCACCAGUGUUUACUUCAUGUAUAUUUCUCAAUUAAAAUUUAAUGGUCUUGCGCAAACAUCAUCAGCAUUUAAAACAGAAUAUAUGAAAUUCAUAUAUUUGAACUGCGGAAUAGAUAUUUUAUUAAAAGAAAGACCAUCGCAGUUUAAUUCACAACUUAAGUAGCUGUGAAAUAGCCUUAAAAAUGUCUAGCCUUAAACGGGUAAUGAAUUAUCCCCCCGCAAUAUUGGAUAGUGAGUAUGGCUCGUGGCACCAUUUGAUUGGUUAACCACAAAAAAAACAACUGGACCUUAGUGGGUAAAUUACGGGUUUUAAAAGCAUCUUGCAAAUUGAAAGACAAGGAAGUGUUUCCUAAGAAUGAAGGUUCUGAUAUUUUUUGGAACAAGAUUCAAGGCACAUUCAGGUGAGGUUAAGGUUUUGUAGAGUGUAAGAGGUUUUGAAUUUGCAAGGCUAUGUAACGAGGAAUACUUUAAUCUUUUCAGUGUGUUUCGCUUGAAAAAUAAAACAUGCUCCUUCCGAGAAAUACUCAGCUAAACGUUAAUAUUUAUUGCCUAAACUUUUACAAUCUCUAACUUAUCUUCUCACAAUUAAAACCAAGUAAAAUGGAGAUCGAACAAAAAUUAUCCUGCGUUAUUACUGAAUAGUUUUCUUUGCGUGACGAUGUUAACGGUUAAAAUUAAUGAGCCCACAAAAUAUUUACUGAUCCUUAAACUUUGAAAGUCAGAAGAGCUGUACUAAGCAUGGAGGGUCCGAACUUGAACACAGCAACCUCUGAUUUUAUAAAACUCCAACGAGAUACGCAGCAGACGUUCAUGGAGAAAUUUUAAAAGAAAAGAUGAACGAACAGAAUUGAAUACAGCCGGCUGUGUAGAAUAGAUUUUCGAAUUUUGCAGACCUUAAAAAAGUAAAUAAAUGUAAGUUGAUAACGUUUUUAACAAAGACUCAGUGAAGAGAAACACAUUUUUCUUGAAUUUUUUCUUCAGCAGUUGACAUGUUUAAAAGUUCCGCACCUUGUCACGGAACGUAUAAAUAAUUGAACCUUAGCGCAGUUUUAAAAAAUUCCGCAACUGAAAAUGGAUGGGUUUUUCGUAUUUUAAGGUCAUUCUUUAAUAUAAUAAUGAUAAUAAGUUUUAGAUCUUAAUGUGUACAAAGAAACCUAAAGGAGUUUACGGUUUGGGUUAACAAAUGUAUUCUAACACUGAGCUACUUUCCUAAUCACUGUGCGUGCGCAGCGCAGUUGAGCGUUUGCCGCACAACACUACAAGAAUAUAUUAAAUGUUCUUCAAUAGACGAAUGUGAAAUUGCUUAGCUUAAUUUAUUUCUUCGCUGACGCAGGCAGUCCGUCCUUCAAAUUCCCUAUGUCUUUAAUUAAUAAACGUAAACUUAUUCAUGUAAAAUUAGGCGACAGCGGAAUUGUGCCUUUGGAAUGAAUUGGGUUGUCAAGACAGAAGUUCAUAACAACACCUGUCUCUUUUUGAGAGCACUCCACGACCGCCAAGCUUUUACAGGACACAAGCAACUCUCCAACGACGUGAAAAGGAGUUAAAUUACAUAAAUUAUUCAAACCUGUACAGAAAAGUAAAUUGAUAACACUGUGUGCACAGGUAAACCAAUAUACAAAGAGAAUGAAAGAUAGCAAAGACCUGUAACUAUUUUCCAUUUGUUAAUGUUGGUUUUCGAUGCCUUCCGUUGAUAACUUAUAAAGUUAAACAAGCGAUUGACGUAACUUCAUAAAAAUUGGUGGAAAAAGCGAGAUUAAUUGUGCGAACAAAUCUAAGUUACUUUCAUUUCUGCAUAAUUUCAAGAUAUACGCCUGAUCCAUUCGGUUAGUUGUCAUUGAUGAAUACAAUGCAUGCGUUCAGUAUUUGCGAAGGCUGGUGACAACAUAAAAACUUGUCACAAGUACUAACGUCAAAAUGGCUUUGUCCAAGAACAGGAACAUUUCACAAGUGUUCGAUAUACAUGCACCUGAUUAAUUCAAAACCUUCGGACAAUUACGUUUGGGUUUUGGCAGAAUUAAAAAGCAAGAAGGCAGUUGAAAACCUUGAAGUAUUUUGCGUGACUAUCUGCAGUAGUUUCUUCGCCUUUUUACGGCGAAUAAGAACAAGCAGCUUGCGUGUUUACGACAUUUUUGACUUCAUGAAACUUAUACAGAAAAAGCGGCGACACAGCACAAUACAGAUGGGAAACUACACCUGCAGUACGUCAACAGAAAUCUUGUUUUUCAUUUCAUUCGGCGUUAUUGGGGUUCUCAUCUUCACAGGUAAUCUUUUCGCCUGUGUUGUGUUCCUGACCACCGAGAAACUUCGCCGAAGCAAGAUGAACGUAUUCCUGGUCAGCCUCGCCACGUGGGACAUACUUAUGUCCGUGCUCGUUGUUCCAUUUUAUGCCGUGUACUGCGGCCGCGGGUGUGAGUACUCUCUCCGUAGUUACUGCUGGCUGAUGAGAGGAGCAAAGGACUGCGUUAAAAUAGGUACAACCUUAAAUCUCUACGCUAUCACCUACGACCGCUACAACGCGGUUUUACGGCCGCUUCAGUACGGCUCCACAAUCACUCCGAAAAGAGUAACCUCCAUGCUUGCUGGGGUUUGGUGUUUGCCGAUGAUAUUGGCGAGUAUUCGGAACUUUUGGCAACAUAAUGGAUCGGACAGUCGCUUUGCUAACAAACUCUACGACAGUAUCAUUGUACUUGGUUUUGUCGUUUUGCUGGUCGUUCUCAUGUUGAUAACAAACGUGAAAAUUAUGAGAGCGAUAAGAAAGCAAGCUGACCGUGAGAAAAGAGACUUCCAGUUGUCGCGUCAAAUGCGCAAAGGGACGUUUGCGUGCGUAAUAGUCGUUCUUGUUUUUGUCUUUUGUUGGCUUCCACGCGCCGUUUAUAACUUCAGUUACAUCGUUAAUCCCCCAGGGUUGGCAAGUCCAUUGUUUUUCAGAAUUUGCUUCCUGUCUUUAUUCAUUCAAUCUUCCCUUAAUCCCUUGAUUUAUUGGUUCUACAGAGCAGAGUUCAGACGGGCGGCGUUUCGUUUAUUACGAUGCCAAUGUGUAGUUAAAAGAGCGGAGUCGGUGCUGUCAGCUUUUCGAACUGUGUCCUUUCUUUCAGACACCGCGCCGCAGGUGCAAGGUGAGGCAGGGUUCGCAGGACCGACCUGUUUCGGAGACGGAUCGGGUAAAAGUCACUCCAAGCCAAGCGUUUAUCUGACUUCAUAUAAAAUGACCGCGCAACAAUAAACAAAAAAUAAAAGCCUUGUACGUGAUCAAGGCCCUUUGCUAUUAUGUAACAAAAAAAGUAAAAAUAAGUGAGUCAUAAGAAUCAUAAAAAUAGUACAUUUAUUGUUUCCUUAAAACAGUUUAUGGGGAUAAACAACGAAACAGUGAGCUUCGCUUAACUGAAGCAUACACAUAAGCAAUCAGUGUGUAUUAAUUUCAUCAGCUUUAAAACAAGUUAUAGGACAUAUUUUAUAAGAGAGUUAUUGUUACACAAGUUUAAUUUAAAAGCAACAAUAAAAGCAACUAAACUGCCCUUGAAAAAACUGGUCUUUCUUUUUCGCAAGACGUAAAGUUCAACGCUGAUUGUAACUAAUUCAGCCUGUUGGAGCUAUUUCACACACAGGGCUCAUAAGAACGACCUCGAGAAAACAAGAACCUGUCUUACAACGUUUUGCAGUUCAAAAAGAAUAAGUAUUAUUCUUUUAAAUUUAUAUUUUGGCAGAUAUCUUUCUUUGAUUUAAUACCCCGCGAAGUAAAGUGAGGAAGUCAUCUCCAUAAUCAGUUGUUAACACAGAUGAAACUGACAAGAAACUUGGUUCAAUUUCAACAAAACACAGCAAGAAGAUCACCACAGUGUGUGAGGUUACAUAACGCCGUGAAUUCAACAGUGAAAAUGUGAGAAAAUGGUGUGCAGUAAUCUUCGAUACAACUUAACUAAUACAUUUUUACCAUCUCGCACAACUUGAUUUCAUCAAUUGCUUUUUCAUACGUUCCGCCCCGGAAAACUCUAAACUGAUAUCAAUUUCUCGGCUGAAUAAAUGUCAACCAAAACAAGCAAAAGCCCUUAAAUACUGGUCAUGCGGUCUGGAUAAAACAGUUGUAAUUGUUUCAGGAUAGGUCGUAGGCCGGCAUUGAUCUCGUUAGUUUAGUUGGAGGAAAGAAAAGGAUAGUUCAAAAUGGCCAGCAAGUGCCCGUGGUCUGGAUAUAAACAAAGUGGAGCGCACGGCUAACCAAUAAUAUCGCGCGAUUCAAUACAUCUGCACCGGCACGAGGGCAGCGGAAAAAUAAACCAGUGCAGUUAACAACCCACGCGUCAGUGUCAACAUGUCAGAGAAAGAUUGGCUUUAAAACACCGAAGGCAGUCAUUUGGUUUAUUCCGCUUCACAUAGGAAUUUGUUUAAGGUGAGAUAGACCGCUUGAAAAAAUUUGAAGCUGAUUCCGAAAGAAAACAGACGAAGAGAGCCGCAUGCACAGUACCAAGAAAAGGUAUAUUUUUUGCAGCUGUUUUUUUUUUUUUUUUCAAAAUUUCAUCUUUCCAUUAAAAUAAACCUAUUUUAGCCCUGUCUCCUAGUUGACGCUUAGCUCCAUUAAAAAUCCACUAUUAGGAAAGGCUUUCAUUUGCCAAAAAGUUUAAAUGACAACACUAUCUAUUUAUUGAAAAUCUUUUUCUUAUUUUAAAGCAAAUAUAUGUACAUACAUUCAUGUGCUGCCAUGAUUUCGACAAAUAUUUGCCAAAUUUUGCAAUGUACACUCUGUGACAAACAGUUUACUCAUAAGUUCACAUUACAAAUCUACAUUCGUUUCUCUGGUACAUCACAGAGUUAUGUUUGGCUUUUUCUGUUCACAAGGAAACUCGGCUAAGGAACACAUUACUUUAAAAAUAUUAAAUGAGACAAAAAACAGCCAAAAGCAUUGGCAGUGCCAUUUAAAGAAAUUUUAAUGGUUGACUGUUAACCUCCCAUCCAGCAAAUAGAUUAAACCUGGAGGCGCUCUCGGUCGCGUUUGAAACCUGGUUAGAAGUUAAAACGACAUCACAAGCUACUUUGUAAUUGCCGUCAAUAUUUCAACAAAUGGUAAAGUCUAAAAACGUUCUCCAGCUAAGAAUAUAUAAAAAGCACAAGCUUUGGACUAUCUCAACUACAGUCUUCAACGGGCGAAAUGAUAAAAAUUCGCUAAAAUUCUAAAAUAUUUAUCAAAUAAAGAAGCCUAAGCCGUGUUUUACACUGUGAUAAAACACGACGGGCAUUU